CUGACCUCCCGUCCCUCCCGCAGAUGCCGAGGACGCCGAGGGGGCCUCCCUGCCCGACCUGGACCUGCUGCACGAUCCCGAGGACGAGCUGCUGUGCGCCAACCUGAUGGACGUGGUGCAGGCCACGCUGGGCAGAGCCCCCCUGGGGGCCAAGCGCUGCUCCCGGCUCCUGAUGCCGGCCCAGCUCCUGGCGCAGGUGAGGACGGAGCUGCUGCGCCUGGCCUGCAGCGAGCCCUGCGGGCUGCGCGGGGCCCUCCUCGACCUCUGCGUGGAGCACGGCAAGGCCUGCCACGACGUGGGGCACAUCGCUGUGGACCCCGCCGUGGUGCCCACCUUCCAGCUCACCCUGGUGCUCCGGCUGGACUCCCGCCUCUGGCCCAAGAUCCAGGGACUCUUUGCCUCGGGGCCGGCUUUCGCACCCCUGAAGCUGAGCACGGGCUUCAGGGUCAUCAAGAAGAAGCUGUACAGCUCCGAGCAGCUCCUCAUAGAGGAGUGCUGAUGCCUCCGCGCUGGAGAAGCGACUUAACCCAAGUGCUUUGGAAAGAGCCGGUUAGAGCGUGGCGGCUCCCGGCAGCCGCUGUAGUGCUGGAGUAGGGCUGUAGGUGGAAGCAGUGCAGGCAGGCAGAGGUCCCUGCCUGUGCCGGGGUUUCCCUGAUGAGGAGCAGACCGGGACCCGGGUGGAGGUCGCUUCACACUGUUGGCGAUGGUGGGAUGAUGGAGGCAGCGGGGCUGCUGGGGGGCGGAUGUCUCCGCCUGUUGGCUGAUUAAUUGUGGGGUAUCUUUUUUUUUUUUGUAACCAGGAUUGUAAUCAAUGGGGUUUCUGGGGGAGGGUGGGAGCGAGAGAAGGGCUGGGCUGUAGGUCUGGAUCAAAGGCAAAACCCCUCCGCUGGCAGCCGGGUGGCUCUGCCCUGGCUUCCGGUGAGGCAGGGGCCGGAAUCGCGUCGCAUCUUUGAUCGGGAGAGGAGAGAGUUGGUGGGAGAGGGACGGGCGAGGCGGGGACAGAGGGCAGGACCCCUUGCUGUGACAAGCCGGGGACGCUUCGUUGGUUACAGUUUACACUCGUACACUUGAUGUUCAAGUGCAAGAAGACUUCCUAUGCAAUUGUGGGGGGGUGGGUGGGGUUUUUUGGUUUUGUUUUUUUACUUUUCUAAUAAAAAUUGUCUUCAUUGAUAA